AUGAUUCGAAAUUCGUCACAUUUAAGUGCUAAAGAAAUUCAAUUAUGGCAUUCUGACUUUGUUAGUAAACAUCCAACAGGGAAAUUGGAUAAAGAUACAUUUAUGGCAACAUUUAAACAACUUUUUCCUGAAAGUUCUAAAAACUUAACACCCAAUUUAUUUGAUACGAUUGAUAAAAAUCAUGAUGGUACUAUUGAUUUUAAUGAAUUUCUUGUUCUUGCUACUAUUGGUAAUAACACUGGAAAUUUAGACGAACGACUUGAUAUAAUCUUCGAUUUAUGGGAUGUUUCUAAUGAUGGACUUUUAGAUGUAAAUGAAUUAGCUCAUCUUAUUUCGGCUAUUUAUGAUCGUACUGGUGUAAAAGAUCGUCAAGGUGAUAAAAAUCCAACACAUCGAGCCAAAGAAAUAAUAAAAAAACUUGAUGCAAGUGGUGAUAAGAAAUUAAAUAAACAAGAAUUUAUCAAUGGAUUGAAACAUGAUGAAACUAUUAAAAAACUGCUCGUUCCUGAUUCUUAA